AUGUCUACAGAAGAUGAAAAGAAAACCGCACCACCGUCAAUUUUACAUUUUAUAAAUCCAUCUGAUAAAAAAGCGUUACCAUCGAUUCACAAGAAUAUCAUUGAAGAAUCAUCUGUCGAUAGUAGCAAAAUGGACUCAUCAUCUGUUCAUGAUAGUAACACUGAAAUAACAACUGAAAAUAAUAGUGGAGACCAGCCAAUAAAGAAAGUUAGUCAUUCACGUCGUGUUCAUUUUCCAAUAGAGGAUACUGAAUUACGUUUGAUAUCAUAUACACCUCAACCAUAUGCUAGACAACCACUUUUAUCACUUGGUGUUAUUCUACAACGUUAUCGUGCUGCAUGUCAACGUCUACAAAUACGUCCAUUAAAUACAUUAUUAGAUCAAUUAAGUACAAUGGAUGAUGGAAGAACAUCAUUUGCUGAUCGUCUUGAUUGCUUAAAAAUAGUUAAUGAAAAAAUUGAUCUUAAACAUAUUGAUGCUAUUGAAGAAAUUUUAUCACGUUGUCGUUUUCAUACAUUAGAUUUUGAUUCAUCAUCUAUUGAUGAUUCAGCAUUAACACAAUUAUUUGAAGUUCUUGAAUAUUAUGAAUCAUGUACACAUAUAAAUCUAUCUAAUAAUCGUUCAAUUGGUAUGCAAGGUUAUCAAGCAUUAACAAAAUAUCUACGAAAAACAAAUUCUUUAGAAAGACUUGAUAUGAAUACAACACGAUUUGAUGAUAAUAGUAUAAUAAGCUUUACACGUUCAUUACGUUUAUCAACAACAUUAUAUGAAUUACAUGUUGAAUCAUGUUAUAUAAAUGGAAAAAUUUUACAAAAAUUCAUACAAAAUAUACGUACAUGUUCUAGUUUACGAGAACUUUAUCUAUGUGAUAAUCGUCUUCAAGUUCAAGAUUCUUUCUCAAUAAAUGAAUUAAUACGUACAUGUGGUCCAUUUCUAUUCUUACUUGACAUACGUUCAAAUUCUUUACAAGAUGCUGGUAUGUCACAUCUAGCAUCUCAAUUGAGUCAUUAUGAUGAAAAUCAUAAACAUGAAAAUAAUCUACAAAAAUUAAGUAUACAAGCAAAUCAAUUAACUCAACAAGGUGUUGGAUUUCUUGCCAAAGCUUUACUUCAUAAUCGAACAAUACGUUCAUUAAAUUUAAGUCAAAAUAAUAUAACAAAUGAUGGGUUAUUUUUAUUACGUGAUGCUUUAUUAACAAAUCCGACAGUUAAUGAACUGAUAUUACGAAAUUGUCAGUUGACAGAUCAGGCAGCUAUUGCUCUAGCAGAAUAUAUUGCUGAAUCAUCGACAAUACAAUAUAUUGAUUUACGAGAAAAUAAUAUUCAAGCAAGUGGUAUUUGUGGUAUGGCAAUUGCUAUUAAAAAUAAUAAAUCAUUACUUAAACUUGAUUUUGAUCCAAUUCCAUCAACACCAACAAAUUUAAGUUCUCUAUCAUCCAAUAAUAAUAUUGAUCGAAAUACAAAUUCAACUGGCUUUCUUUCAUUAGCAAGUCUUAGAAAAAUGACAACUGCUGGUUUUAGUAGUUUUACUAGUAAUAUACCAUCACAAUCGAAUAUGAGUGGAGCUGGUGGUGGUACAAGAGAAUUACUUGAACAAAAAGCUAGAUGGAUGUAUGAUAUUGCAGCUGUGUGUCAAAGAAAUAUACUUAUUUAUGAAGAAAAAUUACGUUUACUUGAAGAAGAACAAAAUAAGGAAACAUCUUUUAGUUCUAAUAUAACUAAACAAAAAGAAUCAACGAAUAAUGAAUCAAAAGAAGAAACAUUAGAUACAGAUGAAUCGAACGAUAAUGAACAUCCAACAUUAUCUAAUCAAAACAAUAGUGAAGAAAUUGCUGAUCCAAUGGAUGUAUCAAUUAAAACUAUAGAUGAAGUUGAACAAUCAAAAGAUGAUUCAGCUGAUGCUGACAAAGAAAAUAAACAAUCAUUGGACGACGUUGCAAUUAAAGAUGAUGAUGAUAAUAAUACCUUUCAACAAACAAUAAACACUUCAAACAAUGAUCAUGAUCAUCAAGUUGCACAAUCAGUAGCCACUUCCGUUGAUGAAGUUAAACGAUCUGUAGACACUUCAAUUAAUAGUGAUAGUAAUAUUGAACAAACUAUGGGCGUUCCAGCCAGUAAUAAUCAUGAAACUGAACAAUCAAUGACAGAUCCUGUCGAGCUUAUACCAAAUGGGGAUAAUGAAGAAUCUAAUCAAAAUUCAACAUUCCACGAAUCAUCAUCACAUUCUGAUCCCACCGAUGAUACUGUCGAUGAUGAUAAACGAAAAAUACGUCAUUCCGAUAGUCUUUAUUUAUUACGUAAAAAAGUCAAAAAUGAAAAUGAUGAUGAUACAAGUGAUGAUGAAUCACAAUUAUCAUCAAUUCAAGAACAAUAA